AUGGAUGAUAAGUACCCUGCGUUCGCUGCUGAACCAAGGAACAUGCGUUUAGGACUUUCUACGGAUGGAUUUAAUCCUUUCAGCAUGAAGAAUACCAGAUACAGUAGCUGGCCAGUGUUGUUGGUGAAUUACAAUAUGGCUCCUGAUCUCUGUAUGAAGAAAGAAAAUAUAAUGCUUACCUUGCUGAUUCCUGGUCCUCAUCAGCCUAGCAAUAGUAUAGACGUCUAUUUAGAACCCCUAAUAGAGGAUCUUCACCAUUUUUGGAGCAAAGGAGAGCUAACCUAUGACGCUUUCAGUAAAACGACGUUCACAUUGAAGGCAAUGCUGUUGUGGACCAUCAGCGACUUCCCAGCUUAUGGAAACCUUGCUGGCUGCAAAGUUAAGGGCAAAAUGGGUUGUCCAUUAUGCGGAAAGAACACUGACAGCUUGUGGUUGACUAAUAGCAGAAAACACAUAUACAUGUUUCAUAGGAAAAGCCUACCUCCUACACAUGCUUAUAGGGUAAAGAAGACAUGGUUUGAUGGUAAAGUUGAGAAUGGGAUCAAGGGAAGGAUUCUGACUGGGAAAAAUAUUUCACUAUUACUCAGAAAUUACAAGAAUGACUUCGGGAAUAAAAAGGAAGAUGGUAGGAAGAGAUCCAGAGCUGCGUUUGUGGGAACAACAUCUGACUAUGACAACGAAGACAGUGCAUCAGAUGAGGAAGAAGAAGAAGAACAAGAAAUAGACGAGGAAGAGUUAUCAAGAUGGAAAAAAAGAUCUAUCUUCUUUAGACUACCGUAUUGGGAGGAACUUCCUGUAAGACACAACUUAGACGUGAUGCACGUUGAGAAAAACGUAGCUGCAAGCAUUGUUGCCACAUUGUUGCAUUGUGGCAAAUCCAAGGACCGUUUGAAGGCUCGUAAAGAUCUUCAAGUUCUCGGUAUUAGGAAGGAUUUACACCCAAACGUACAAGGUAAACGAACAUUACUUCCCGCAACACCUUGGUCUUUGUCUAAGUCUGAGAAGAAGAUAUUUUGCAAACGGCUUUUUGAUUUCAAAGGCCCUGAUGGCUACUGCUCAAAUAUAUCUAGCUGCGUUUGUUUAGAAGAGUAUAAGGUUAUGGGUUUCAAGUCACAUGACUAUCACGUGUUGAUGCAACAAUUGCUCCGGUUGCUAUUAGAGGGUUACUACCUAAGUGUCCUAGGAUAG